AAGCAGGUUGUGCUUGUAGACGUAUAAGUUUACGCAGGCUCCAAUUGUAGUAGACGGUUGCCGGAUUGAGGUUUAUUAUUGUGUUCAACGAUCAACCAAGCAAGCGGAGAAUGGCAACAGACGAGAGUGUGGCAUCAAUGACAGUUGAUGAUGAACGUGCAUUGAAUAACAAUGAACAGCCUCGCGAUCGGGGUUUAUGGCGUGACUUAGUGGCUUACUGGUUUCUAGGGUUGUGCAAUAAUUAUGGCUAUGUAGUGAUGCUAACGGCCGCUCAUGACAUCUUGAAGGAACUGGACAAAGGUUCCGAACACGAACGAGCGCUGAUACCAUUCCACAAUGAUGCGUCGCCAUUCGCCUCGAUGGAUAGAAGACCCUGCAACAAAAUCUCUACGGGAGCUAUCUUACUUGCAGACAUCCUUCCAGCUCUGUCGGUCAAGCUGAUUGCAUCUUUUCUGCCACUUUGGAAGCAUGCCCGCGUAUUGUUAUGCGUUCUGCUUGCUGCUACCGGUUUCAUUCUGGUAGCAUUUGCAUCUUACGAGUGGCUCCUGUUCCUCGGCGUAAUCUGUACCUCGUUUAGUUCCGGUCUUGGCGAAGCCACUUUCCUUGCAUAUGCGAGCUACUUUAACAAAAAUGUCAUCUCCACCUGGUCAUCGGGAACCGGUGGAGCUGGUGUUAUCGGGGCAUUAUCGUAUACUGGACUAACUGCAUUUGGGUUAUCGCCGAAAGCGACAAUGCUGGUUAUGCUAGUUGUCCCCGCGAUUGAAGCAGGUUGCUUCUGGUUUUUGCUGCGUCACAGAGACACUAGCAAUGAACCAGCUACGAACCGUGCGGAGGAAAGUGCGGAGAAGGUGGAUUACAGCGAAAUGCCCGAAAAUGAGCGCCCGCUAGAAAACUGGCGACAAAAGAUCUCGUAUAUUCCGUCAUUAUUUAUUUAUAUGAUCCCGUUGAUACUGGUCUACCUGUUCGAGUAUUUCAUAAAUCAAGGCUUGUUUGAGCUUGUUUACUUCCCAAAUAUAUUCUUGGAACAACAGGAGCAAUACCGGUGGUACCAAGUUUUGUACCAAGUCGGUGUAUUCAUAUCGCGAUCAUCGGUAAACAUUGUGCAGUUUAAGCAUGUUUGGAUUAUGGCUGUGCUUCAACUGGUUAACGUGAUUUACUUCACGUUCGAAGCCAUCUAUAUGUUUACUCCUACGAUAUGGAUUAUCUUCGUAAUAAUCCUAUGGGAAGGUUUGCUUGGCGGUGGUGGAUACGUCAACACAUUUUAUCGCAUGCAAACUGAAGUGCCGGAUGCCCGUCGGGAGUAUGCCAUGAUGGUUACAUCCAUCUCCGACUCGAUCGGCAUUGCGUUGGCCGGAAUUGCGGCGAUACCUUCGCACAACGCCAUUUGUGAUUUACCGGUACCUAAACGGUUAAUGUAGACUUGACUAAAGAUAGUAGGCGCCUAGCUUUACUAACUGGUUGAAUUUGUAUACCUCUAACUUUUAAAUACAUUAGAAAAAACAAUAAAACUAAAUAA